AUGGGGUUUCUGGGGGUGUACCGGGCCGUCUACGACUACGCGCCUCAGGCUGAGGGCGAGCUCGCAAUCAACGACGGCGAUCUGCUCUACGUCCUCGACAAGAAUGGCGACGAUGGCUGGUGGAGGGCAAAGAAGAAGGCCGGCGCCGACGAUGAGGACGAGCCGACAGGCCUCGUACCUAACAACUAUGUUGAACAGGCCAAGCCUUUAGAGCACGCCCGCGCCCUUUACGAUUAUACGCGUCAGACCGACGAGGAGCUCUCAUUUCCCGAAGACGCUCAGCUCGAGGUGUACGAUACGUCAGACCCUGACUGGAUCCUCACCGGCCUCGACGGCGAAUAUGGCUUCGUUCCGUCUAAUUACAUCGAGCUCGGUGGCUCUGAAGAACCUCAAGCACCGUCGUUGCCUCCCGCCCCCCCAGCUCUACCUUCGAGGCCGCAACCUGCUCCAGCCCCCGAGCCCGAGCCCGAGACGGCAUCUCCGGACCUACCGAGCAGCGCUGCACCCGCUCUGGCGGGUCCUGCUGCUGCUCUCGCGGGUGUUAUGCAUACCCGUGCAGCCUCUCAACAGUCUGCAGCCCCUGCGAAACCUCCUCGUGCCUCCGUUACGUUCAGCGAACCCCCAGAAUCCGACGACGAGCCUGUCCGAUCCCCUGCGCUCCCUGCUCGACCGCGCGCGCCUGCUUCGCCUUCUCCGACAUACGACCAUCCGGCUUCUCCAGUUAAUAUGCACUUCCACCAAGAUCCUAAUCGACGUCAGGAUGUCGAGCGUACCCCUGGCGGUUUCCACUUGUACAAUAUCAAUGAGAUGAUCUCAAUUAUGGGCAAGAAAAAGAAGAUGCCUACCACUCUGGGAAUCAACCUCCUGACAGGUGUGAUUUUGGUCGCUCCCGAGCAUGCUUCAGAUGGACCUUCACAGGAGUGGACUGCGGACCGGAUGACGCAUUAUUCACGGGAGGGGAAGCAUGUCUUCAUGGAGCUCGUCCGCCCAAGCAAGAGUGUUGAUUUCCACGCAGGAGCCAAGGACACUGCCGAGGAGAUUGUCAGUGCAUUGGGUGAGUUGGCCGGAGCUGUACGUGCUGAAGGACUCCGAGAGGUGAUCAUGGCGGGCACGCAGGGCAGCAGUGGUGGUGGUCAGAAGAAGGGUCAGGUUCUUUAUGACUUCAUGGCCCAAGGAGACGACGAGGUAACUGUCGCCGUAGGUGAUGAGGUUAUUGUCUUGGACAACACCAAGAGCGAAGAGUGGUGGCAAGUUCGCCGCCUGAAGAAUGGCAAGGAAGGCGUCGUCCCAAGCAGUUACAUCGAGAUUACCGGCACUAUCUCGUCAUCGUCCGCCGGUAUCAACUCUGCCAAGUCGCUUGUCGAGCAAAAUCGCCUCGAAGAAAUUCGAUUGACUAAGGAGGCCAUCAAGGCGGGCAAAGAACCUCAGCAGGUAGGACCGGGAAUGCCUCUUCCCAAACGAGGUAGUAGCCUCAUGGCGAGAGAGAAUGGUAGUAAUUCGGGACAACAGCGGAGCCGUCGAGAAAAUGGACGAAGCGAUGGCAGCAGCCAGCCACGGUCCAAGCCUAAGCCGGACUCGUCCAAGGUGCGCACCUGGACAGAUCGAUCCCGAUCCUUCAGCGUUGAAGCCCAGUUCCUGGGUCUUAAGGAUGGCAAGAUCCACCUGCACAAGAUGAACGGUGUCAAGAUUGCUGUUCCCAUCAGCAAGAUGUCCCGUGAAGACCUUGAGUACGUUGAAAACUUGACAGGCAUCUCUUUGGAAGAUGAUAAGCCACUGGCAGAUGUCAAGCGAGCUAGGACCGCCGAGAAGAAGUCCUCCGAGUCUAGUACCCCUGCCGGCGUGACCAUUGAGAAGAACAAGUCCGACUACGACUGGUUCCAGUUUUUCUUGUCUUGCGAGGUUGCGGUAGGAUUGUGCGAGCGCUACGCUCAAGCCUUCAUCAAGGAUUCAAUGGACGAGAGCGUUUUGUCCGAUGUCGAUGCAAGUACCCUCCGAGCUCUUGGCCUCCGCGAAGGCGAUAUCAUCAAGGUCAUGCGCUACUUGGACUCCAAGUAUGGCCGUACGCGUGGCGGGAAGAGAGGCGUUAGCUUUGCGGAGGGAGAUGGCGAAGGUGCUUCUGGAGGUUUGUUCUCUGGACCUGGUGGUGCACUACGAAACAACACUCGCAAGGGUCGACCUGCGCCGGCGGUUCAGACAAGCGAUGUCGUGGAUGCUAGCGCUUUUUCCAAGUCAGACGGCUCCAAGGCUGCGGAUGAGGAUGCGAAGUCGCCAGUACAGACUAGCCCGCCGAACAAGAGCCCCGAGCCUCGCCAGGCUGCUUCUUCAGGAUUUGACGAUGAUGCUUGGGACGUCAAGCCCAGCAAGCAGCAGCCACCACCGCAAUCACAGCCGCAACCCGCAGCCGAACCCGCCCCGAAGCCUGCCCCGGAACCAUCGCCAGCCUCUCCUCCACCCCAGGUUUUGACGGGAUCCAUGAAGGAGUUGUCGCUCUUGUCAGCACCGCUUGAGCCUACAAAGACUGAGCCCACCCCUCCAGCCCCCAAGGUCGAAGUUGCUCCUGAGCAAAUAGCAGCGUCGGUGCCUACGGCGCAACCCCUCGGCGGCGCUACCCCGUCCUUCUUCACGUCAGUCGCGCAAGCACGACAACGUCCUACUCCACCACAGGCAUCAGUAAACCAGGCAUCCCUUGUGCCUCCACCACCUCAAAGGCCUCUGUCGGCUCCGCAAACAGCCCAGCCCAGCGGAUUUGCUCCCCCGCCGAUGGUACCCCAGAUGACGGGCGCGUUGCAGGGGCAGGUGGCACUCCCUGGCCAGAGCCUGAACGAGAUAACCCAAGCUCGUCUGCAGCAGCAAUACACUGCUCAGAUGCAGCCUACCAUGACCGGAUUCCCUGGACCACAGGGCCCUCAGCCCAUGAUGUCCUUCCCUACCGGUGCCGGCCAAUUCAUGCAGCCAAUGAUGACCGGAAUGCAGGCACCAAACCAAUUCCAACAGAUGCAGCCUCAGCCCACAGGCUUCCAGCCAUCAUUUGCGGCCACACAGUCUAUGUAUGGAGCCCCUCCUGGAGGCAUCAACAACUACCUGCCACCGGCCCUCGAGCCCCAGCGAACGGGUAUGCCUGGACUGCCACCCCAGGUUACUGGUAUGGGCGGUAUGAACAACACGAUGAACAACACGAUGAGCCCCCAGCCUCUGGUGCCGCAGCAGACCGGUCCACCACCCCCAGUCCGCUUUGGUGUAACAAACGAGCCCAAGAAGCUUGCUCCUCAGGCAACCGGACGAAGAGCAAACUUGGCGCAAGCGACCCCCCAGAACCCAUUCGGAUUCUGA